AUGGUUAAGGUGAUUUCGAAGACUGUGAAUUUCUCUUGCUUUCUUGUUAAUGUCUAUGGGCCGACUUUGGCUAUAGAGAAGUGUAGAUUAUGGGAGGAGGUCUCCAGGCGCCUUGAGGAAGUGAGGCCCCUUCUAGCCAUCGUGGCUGGAGAUUUCAAUGCCACCCUCUCUUCCUCUGAGAAGCGUGGAGGGGUGAGGAGAUUGAGUCAGUCACAUUUGGAUUUCCAAUCCUUUGUUAAUGACAAUGCUCUUCUAGAAGUGGUUGCUAAAGGAGGGGGUUUUACUUGGACUAAUAGGCGUAGAGGGUCAAACCAUUUUCUGGUCUCCUUGGUUGUGCAGAAUGAUGUUGUGCCAAUUCGAUGUCCCUUCAAGAUGGAAAAGAUGUGGUUUAGGGAACCGAGUUUUAAAGAGUUGGUAGUGGGGUGGUGGAAAGAAGCCCCAGUGGUGGAAGGGUUUCUGGCCUAUCAAUUUUUCAAAAAGCUUAGCUAUGUGAAGCAGAAUUCAAAAUCUUGGAAUAGGGAGGUGUUUGGUAAUAUUUUUGAUGAGAAGAGAAGACUAGAAGGUGAUCUGGGGGCCUUGAAUGCUAAAGUCAUGGCAGAUGGAAUGGAUGAAGUGGAUUUCCUGACGAAAAAAGACCUUCUUAGUAGGCUUGAGGAUGGUUCGGUUGUUGAAGACCCAGAUAGUAUAGGUAAAGAGGUUGUGAGUUUCUUUGAAAAUUUGUGGAAGAAGAAUGGGAUAGCCCAGCUGGGGGUUCAAGUGGAGCUUCUGGAGCUGAUCCCUCCUUUAGUUUCUAGGGAGGACAACUCCAUGCUGGAGGAGCCUGUUUCACUGAAGGAAGUUAAAGCCGCGGUGUUUGGGUUGGGUGGGGAGAAGGCACCAGGCCCAAAUGGGUUUCAAGCGUUCUUUUUCCAAUCCUUCUAG